AUCUUAACUUAAAUGUUUUGUGUUUGUGAUGUAUUCGGGAUUUGUGAUAUACGAUAGAAAUAAUAAAGACAAUUUUUAGCGAGUUAAGAAAUGUCAUUACGAUGUGUCAUUUUACACAUAAUUAAAGCACCGCAAUAAAAUCAUCUGUAAUUAUGAGCUCGCAAAGUCAGCUACCAAAUCUCGAUAAAAUCUUUCGAGAUGACGAUGAGCCCGAUUUUGCACCCUCAGGAGGGUCUAACUUGGCUGCAAUUUUUGGGCUACAACAAAAAUUUACAGAUUCUCAUUCCUCGAAGCAAACAACUUCCACAAAGGAAAAUACUCAGUAUAGUGUACAACAAACUGCAUCAGCUUCUAAAACUGAAGUCCUUACAGCUAAAGCUGUACAUGCUUUUCAACUGAAAAAUGGUGAAUAUAUUUCUGUUGGAAAGCUUGGUAUAGCACUGACAGGUAAUACAAUGUCCAAGAUAUAUGAAAUAAUUUUGUACAGAACUAAGCAAAAGUAUGUAUCUGUUGUGAGAAUAACAAGCGACUUUGUAUACACUGUGCAAGCAAACAAUUAUGCCAGUUAUUAUGACACAGUUAAUAACACUGAAAACAAUUGGUCAGUUUUAUUUGAUACUAAUGACAGUUAUGUGGAGUUUGCAAUAGAAGUAGGACUGGCACGCUAUUUUGUUACACAAGACAAAGGAGAAAAUGUAAUUUAUCAAGAUUUACAACCAGGCAAUAAAGAUGUAAUUGUGAAAGAAGGAGAUAAUGUACAUAUAAAAUAUUUUGUGGGAACUGAAAUAGUGCAACCUUUCAAAAAUAAUUCAAAUCUUAUAAUGUCGCAAACAAUGACUGUAGAAAUAUCACCAGAUAACAAUUGGGAAAGGACACUUCUAGGUUGUAACAAGGGUCUCAAAAGAAUGUUAUUCUUACCUCCUGGCAAACAGAUUAGUUUAGGACCUGGGUUUCCUAAGGAGAGAUAUGUUAUGUUAAUGAUUGAGAUAAUCGAUGUACGAACAUCGGAAGAAAGUCCACCCACAUCUAAAACGUCAAGUGGAAGAGCUGCAAUAAUAUCGAGAAUGGCUAAAAUGGGACAGUCUAUUUUGCCAAAGAUGCCCUUACUCUCUACUACCGACUCCGAAGAUACGGAGGAUGAUAUACCUCAUAAAUCUCCACGUUACAAAAGGAUCGAGCAAUCAGAAGGAAGUUUGCAAAAAAAGAAUUUGUCGCAUGACUUGUCAGAAGAAAGGAAGGUCGUCCAGAAAAUUACAGAGACGAGAACUGAAAUGCCUUCUCUAGAUCCUAACACUUAUCAGUCAUUGAUUGCUGCGCCUUCAUCAACACAACAAAUAUGGACGUCGCCUUAUUUAGCUACUGUGAAUCGUACGAUACCAACUGCUUUGGAUCCUCUCAAUAUGUUGCUGUCAGAAACUAGAAUAACAAAUGCAGAAAUACGAAUGGGGAUGUCUAAAAUAUCCGAUAAUAUUCAAAAAUUAUUAGAUAAGUUUCACGCGCUCGAACUUCAAAAUGCAGCAACUCCAACAGCAAAUGAUAAAGCAGCUUUGGAUGCUUCUUUGAAAAUGCUUUUAGCUUUUAACGCCUCUCAAAUGAACGCAAGAGAUAAUGAAUCACCAAAGAGCACCGAUAAAGAUACACUGGAUGAGAAUCUUCGACAAUCACAGAGCAAAAUAAAUAUUUUGGAGAAUGAUUUAAAAAAAUCACAAGAAGAGAAAGAAUCAUUGUUGCGAGCUAACGCGGAUUUAAAUAAAAAACUCCAAGAAUUAGGAACAAAUCUGAGCAAAAUAAACAACGAGCUGAAGGAAACCAAAGAAACCUUAGAAGUAACUCUAAAUACAAUGAAUCAAUAUAAAGAAGAAAAUAUUAAUUUACAAAAUAGACUUUGCAAGUAUAACAGAGAUCAGGCAGACGAAACGUUCAAACGGAAUGACAUUGAAAGAAAAAACAAAGAAAUAAAACAAAUAAUGAACAGGACAUACCAUGCAUUGUCAGAAAAAUUUACAAAUCAAUCACAGUCUGAACUUCCUUUGGACUAUGUAAAGUCAACUAUUGCAAAAACAAUAAAGCAUAUCACUUUACAAGUGUUGUACAAAGACUCCGACGAGGAGUCUACGGAAUCUGAAAUACAUAAGGAUGUACAUCCUACAGUUAGUAAAAAUAUCGGUAAAAGCGAUCAACAAACUGAGGAACAUAUCGAGAGAUCAGGAGUAACAAGUGCAUCCGACAAUAUUUAUUCUUCGAUAAAAUGUAUUCCAAGUUCAGUGAACACGAUUGCGCCUAUGUACGAAAAUGAACCACCACCAGUUCCACCUGACAGUAUCGACGAAGGUGAUAGCGAAUGAUCAGUUAAUUCUUUGACACUAAUGUAUUUUUCGUUAUUUUAUAUCCAAAACAAAUGUCUUCGUAAUAUGUAGUAUUUUU